GCAAUGCAGCAAAAGCAGCAAGACGGUGGCCAUGCGAAGCUCGCUCAGGAGCAGCUGCUGCAAGCCAGCACGGAGCUGAUGCACCACAGCCUGGGCUACCUCAACUCGAUGGCCCUAGGGUGCGCUGCCAAGCUCGGCGUCGCCGACGCCAUCCACCGCGCCGGCGGCCGCACCUCCUUGGACGACCUGCACGCCGCGCUGUCCCUCGGCCCAAGCAAGCUCCCCUACCUGCGCCGCGUGAUGCGGGUGCUGGUCGCCUCGGGCGUCUUUGCGCAGGCCGACGUCGACAGCGCUGGCAGCGGCGGCGGCUACUACAGCCUCACGCCCGUGUCGUCCCUGCUCGUCACCACCGGCGACGGCGGCGGCGCCAGCUGCAGGAGCCUUCUGCCGUUCGUGCUCGCCCUCCUCUCACCGCUCUGCGUGACGCCGGCCAUCGGCAUGGCGGAGUGGCUCAAGAGCGGCCAGGAGGAGAUGUCUUUCGAGAUGGCGUACGGCGCGGGGUUUUGGAGCGUCUGCGGCCGUUCUCCGGAGCUCGGCGCGUUCUUCAACGACGCCAUGGCGGCCGACUCUCGGUUCAUCAUGGACAUGGCCAUCCAUGGUGCGAGCCAGGUGUUCGACAAGAUCACCUCGCUGGUGGACGUCGCGGGAGGCACCGGCGGGGCGGCGAGGACGGUGGCCGCCGCAUUCCCGCAUAUCAAGUGCAGCGUGCUGGACCUUCCGCACGUGAUCGAUUCCGUUGCGUCUGAUCAUGGCGAUGCUGUUCAGUUUGUUGCUGGCGAUAUGAUGGAAUUCAUCCCCCGGGCUGAUGCACUCCUGCUUAAGUUUGUGCUACAUGAUUGGAACGACGAGGACUGCAUAAAGAUACUGAAACGAUGCAAGGAAGCGAUCCCUUCCAGAGACGCAGGAGGGAAGAUCAUCGUCAUAGAUGUUGUGGUUGGAUCUUCUUCCCAGGCAGUGUGCCAGGGAACCCAACAACUAUUCGUGAUUGUCUCGCUUCUCACACCAGGGAAGGAGAGGGGCGAGGACGAGUGGUGCAAGAUAUUCACGGAGGCAGGGUUCACCGAGUAUAAGAUUAGUCCCGUGUUAGGUAUUCGAUCUAUUAUCGAGGUAUUUCCAUAGGGUUUUUCUAAGUAUAUAUACGGGAACCAAAUAAAUAGUAUAUAUAUUCUCGUCUUGGGUAUGUGUCUUGUUUUGUCAUUGUAUUUAUGAUUCAUGGAUGUACGUACUAGCUAUCAUAUGCUCCAUAAAUUGGAUAUGUAUUUGCAGUCAAUAUAUUUCCGUUGUAUUUUCCGCUAUAUAUGCGAGCAAUCAGAAAAUGCAGCAAGCUGUUCGAACGCUGCACAAAAA